AUGGGUGGCGUCGAUAAGGCAGACCAGAUGAUGUCGAGCUAUCCUGUCGCACGGAAGCGACAGAAAAUACAUUAUAAGAAGAUUUUUAGGCAGCUUCUGGAUGAGACCGUCUUCAAUUCUUUUUUCUUUUACAAAAAUGAUGGAGGGAGGUUGCAGCAGCUGGACUACCGUGUGGCUCUCAUAAGAAAGAUGUUAGAAAAAUACCACGAUCCAGCAGAAAGGCCAGCUGUGGGAAGACCGCCACCAGUGAUGGACUCAGAUUGCCUCACGGGGUGCCACUUUGUAUCCUACAUACCCCCUACAGAGAAAAGGGAACUGCCAACAAGAAAAUCUACUUUGUUCCAGGAAAAAGGUAGUGACGGCAAAAAACUCAGAAAAGAGACAAGGUAUUGGUGUGUAAAAUGUAGAAAGGCCCUUUGUGUACUGCCAUGCUUCGAGUAGUACUACACUCUGCGUGCACUACCAUAG